AUGUCAACGGCCGACGACAACUACGCCUCAUGGUCCAAACCCGCCCUAAUCGAGCGCAUCCGCCAGCUCGAAGCCCGGGGAUCCCAGGGCGUCUCAACCGCUACAGCCCCUGUUUCCUCAGCACCAUCGGCCCCGUCAUCCUCCACCUCCAGAAAGCGCGCGAAACUCCCACCCCGCCCCUUCGACUUCAGCCUCCAUUCCGCACGCCCCAUCGCCCUCCAAAUCGCCUACCUCGGCCACAAUUACCACGGCCUGGCCUCGCAAGAAUCCGACACGGUGCCCACGAUUGAGUCGCAUUUGUUUGAUGCGCUGGUGACGGCGAGAUUGGUGCCGGGGAGGAAAGAGUGUGGGUGGAGUCGGUGUGGGAGGACAGAUCGGGGGGUUAGUGCUUUUGAGCAGGUUUGCGGGGUUUGGGUGCGGAGAAGGGAGAUGCAAAGCGCAGGAUCCGACGAAACAUCCCCCCUAGAAACAUGCUGGGAAACCGCCAACGAACUCGACUACGUUCUCCUCCUCAACCGGCUCCUCCCCGCCGACAUCCGCGUCCUCGCCUGGUCGCCCGUCCACCCAACCUUCGACGCCCGCUUCCUCUGCACGUAUCGGAGAUACAAAUACUUCUUCCCCGCCAACGGCCUCGACAUCCACGCCAUGCGCACCGCAUGCAAAUCAUACAUCGGCACACACGAUUUCCGCAACUUCUGUAAAAUCGACCCCGCCAAAUCCCUACAGAGCUAUCUCCGCACCGUGUUGCACGCGGAUAUCCGACCGUUGGGGCGGGAAGACGAUGUAACUUACCCUGACGUGGACUCCGACUUAUCUCUACAUGCAACAACCGGCCGCGCGCAGGACCCACAACAGAUAUAUGUAUUCACCAUCACCGGCCACGCCUUCCUCUGGCACCAAGUCCGCUGCCUGACCGCCAUCCUCCUCCUCAUUGGCUCGCAUCUCGAACGCGUUUCUCUCACUUCCACCCUCCUCGAUCUCACCCUCCACCCGCCUGACGCUGGACGGCCCGCGUACGAUAUGGCGAGUGAGAUACCCCUCGUGUUGGUGGAGUGCGGGUAUAAGGAGGGCACGUUUAGGUGGGUCUGUGGCGAGGGGGAACGGAGACGCGUGGCGGAGGGGUUGAGUGCGGUGUGGGAGGGGUGGGCGGUCCGGGCGGCGCAAGCGCGGUGUCUGAUGGAGAAGGUGAAUCCCAAUCCAAAACCAAACUCAACUGCGACGGAGCGGGAGGAAUAUUUCUACCCGACGCUUGGGUACGGGCCCACGACGGGCGGUGGUGGGCCCACGGGGGGCAAACGGUACAUCCCCGUGAUGCGCCGCCCGCGGUGCGAUUCGGUGGAGGUGAGAAUUGAGAAGAGUCGGGUCGCGAAGGGGCGGAAGGCUGGUGGUGUAUCUGAGUCUGCAGCUGCGCCGGUGACGCCGACGGAAAUGGAUGUGGAUGGCGAUGGAGCUGUGGAUUUGGAUGUGGACCCCCCGUCACCGCUGCCGACUACGACGACGGCUAAACGACCGCGGGUGGGUUGA